CUCUGGCUCUGGUCCCAAGUUCGCUCCAGGUCCAGCCCCGCCGUCGUCAUCUCCUGGCCCACCAUCUCGCCGUGCAAGCGUCCUGUGCUGUUGUCGACAGCCUGCCACGCCCCGGAGUGAGAGUCUUGCCAACGCUGCCCCGCCACCAUGAUCUCGCCAAAGGACAAGAAACCCAAUGCCGCCGCUGUCGAGUCCCGCCGGAAGGCCACCAUUAAGGCUGGUACCGGCCCCACCCAGGAACCAACCUGGACCGGCGGCCUCCAGAAAUCGGCCACAGUCAAUCGGUCGGACUGGAACGCAUUCAACUCUGAGUUCUCCUUCCCCCGCAGCAAGAAAACCACCAAGAAGAUUGCACCCCAGCCUGUCACUCUCCUCGUCACUGCGGGUCUGGAGGAGGCCAAGCGCCAGUGCCGCGAAAAAGUCGCCCGCAUCGCCCGCGAAUGCAGAGAGCGCAAUGUUCGCUUCAGAGACUCCAACUUUGACCUCUACAGCGAUACUGAGAGGUGCCUCUACAACCUCCUCAAGGACAAGGACGAGGUCCAAAAGGAGGGCGUGCAGCCCGCCAAGCGCAUCGGCCAGAUCUUCGAGAACCCGGUCUUUUUCGCCCAGGAAGGCGAGCCCGGCGACAUCAAGCAGGGCUCGCAGUCCGACUGCUGGUUUCUGGCUGCAGUUUCGACGCUGCGCAACUGCAAGCACGCCAUGGGCGAGAGUCUCAUAUCGCAGAUCUGCAUCGAUCGAGACGAACAGGUCGGUGUCUACGGCUUUCUGUUCUUCAAGGAUGGCGACUGGAUCUCGACUGUUGUCGAUGACCAGCUCUUUGUAAAAGAGCCCGAUUUCCACUGGGCCGACAGCGACAUACAAAAAACCCUGAAGAAUGAGUACAUUUACAAGAAGGUGAUGCUGACGGGCUCUGAGUCGCUGUACUUCUCGAGCUGUGAGGUUCCAAACGAGACCUGGCUGCCUCUGCUCGAGAAAGCCUAUGCCAAGAUUCAUGGCGACUACGAAGCCAUCUCAGGCGGCAUUGCCGGAGAGGCUGUUGAGGACCUCACUGGUGGUGUCACGACGAUCCUGUGCCCGCGUGAUAUUCUUGAUAUCGAUACCUUCUGGACCAAGGAGCUCACCCGAGCGAACGAGAACUUUUUGUUUGCCUGCUGGAUUGAUCGUCCCCCUGAAUAUGACGAGCUCGGCAAUCUAAAGCAGAUCCGGGCUACGAACGGGCUGAUUCCAAACCACUCCUACAGCGUGAUCAGCACACACGAGGAGCAUGGCAAGCGGUUUGUGAAGCUCCGAAACCCGUGGGGCCGCCAAGAAUGGAACGGCCCGUGGAGCGAUGGCAGCCACCUCUGGACCCCGGAGUGGAUGGCAAGACUCGAUCACCACUUUGGCGAUGACGGUGUUUUCUGGAUGGAGUACUCGGACUUUUUGCAGGAAUGGUCGUACAUCGACCGCACCCGCCUCUUUGACAGCAGCUGGACCGUCGCCCAGCACUGGGUGGAGGCUCCUGUUCACUUCCCUGGUCAGUUCGGCCAGAUCUACUUUGACCUGACCAUUCACAGCGAAACAAACGCCAUCGUGGUGCUGUCGCAGUUGGACACGCGCUACUUCAAGAUGCUCGAGGGCCAGUACGACUUUAUUAUCCACUUCCGGAUCCAUCGAGACGGAUCGGACGAUUACUUUGUGCGUAACCGCACCCUGGAUGUCAACCGCCGCUCGGUCAACGUCGAGCUGCAGCUCAAGCCUGGAUGCUACCAGGUCCAUGUCAAGGUCGAGCGCGAGUACAACUACAAUCUCCCUCUCGAGGAUGUUGUCAAGUCAGUCCGUCCCGAGAACUGGGCCAAGUGUAUCCGGCUCAACCAGAACAUGAACAUCAGCAGAUCGCAGGUCAUGGGUCCGCAGCCGCGCCACAAAAAGGCCGAAGUCGAACUGCAGUUUUCGACCGAGACAGCUUCCCGCCCCAAGGUGCAGAAGCAGCCCUCGCUGUCCCACGGUCCCCGAGAUUCUCCCACGCCGGAGCCGCCCGCCGAGGUUCUGACCUUGGAGAGAAAGAAGGGCAAGAAGGCCGUCUACGCCGCCGAGACCGAGAUCCUGGAUGUCGAGGAAGCCUAUCUGUCCGACCCCGAGAGCUCGCCCAGCGAGGACGACGAUGACGACGAGGACCUUCCCUGCGUCGCCGUUGGGCUGCGCGUGUAUUCGCACGAUCCACAGAUGAGCGUCCGCGGCUAUGUGCGCGAGAGCCUCGAGCCCGUCAACAUUGCCCUCCACUCGCCUGACCCGGAGGAUGUGCAUUAUGAAUUCAAGACCAAGCGCAAGGUCACUGCCCGUCGCCACCUCAGCCAGAUCCACGACGCUGUCCACAAGUAGUGGCGCCUUCAUCUGUGAGGAGGUGCGACUUGCGUGCACAUUGCCAAAUACGACCGAGCGAGCGGGGCUAAGCGGAUAGGCAGUACGAGUAUCUCUUGCAGUAUAGUUCGAUGGUGCGUCUUGGGCUCGUCGUUGUCGUCGCUGCGGCGCAGGAUGCACAACGCAUCCAAAACGAAGCGCCCUGUUUUUGAGUUAGGGCUGUCGCUGUUUUCUGGGUCCCGAAUACACACACCAAUCCAUCGUCCA